GGCUAGUAGAUGAUUCGGAUACAUUGUCAUUACUAUUAAGUUUGGAGCUACUAACUUUAAUUAAGUUGGAAUUUGUUGACAAUUGGAUUGAAAUUUUUGAAGAAUUAUUUUCAUUAGAUGCUACUAAUAAAGUAUCAAUUUCAUCAUUGGUUUCUGCUAUAUUAGAAUUCGUUACUGAUAAUUGA